UUAAAGACAAUAAGCUCAUACAAAUAUGCGACACUUGCAUGGCUAUGAAGGUAUCUUGUGGCAGAGGUAUUGUUGUAACUAGUAAGGAUUGCUGUGCUCAAGUACUGUACAGAUAUGGUAGUGCUUUCAAUUCUCCUAUAAGGCUACAAACAUGUGCAACAAAAGUCAGUCACAAGGUGAUAUAUAGGAGUAUAAACAUGACAAGAGCUUCAUCAUUCUUUGAAUCAAAACUGUCAGGAUGGAAGGUGACCAAGUCUAGUUAUGUUGCAACACGGAACACUGGAACCAUGAAUUCGCCAGUUGGACUGUCACUGGGGGAAGCAGUCUGUUUGCAACCAAAAAUAUCUCACAGCAAGAAUGGACAGGAGGUAAUCUUAAAGUGGCUUGGUGGGAGAGAAUUGAGGUUCCAUGCUGUGUGGUUACGGUAUAACUGUCAAUGUCCAGAGUGUGUCCAGCCCUAUUCUGGGCAGCGACUGUUGGAGGCAGGUGAAGUAAACCCCGACAUUACUGUAGAAUCAGCAUAUGUCAGUGAGGAUGGAACAGAGUUGCAUUUAAAGUGGGCUGGCAGUUACCAUGAAGGACAUGUUAGACUUGAUUUUCUACGAAAAAACAGUUACCAUGGACACAAAGAAACAGUGUCACGACAUCAGGUAACUCAAAUGCCGAGUAUUAGCUAUGAGGAGGUGAUGAGUGGAAAAAGAGGACUGCUAAGGUGGUUACAACAUAUUAACAAAGAUGGAAUGUGUCUGGUUAAAGGUGCACCAACAGAUUUGAAUUCACUGAUAAAGGUGGUACAAAGAAUAGGUCCAGUACAGGAGACAAUCUAUGGCAAGUUAUUUGGUGUUGAGAGUACUCCAAAUCCGAUCAAUGUAGCAUACUCAUCUGUGAAGCUUGAUUACCACAUGGACCUGGUGUACUACGAAUCCCCUCCAGGGCUACAGUUUUUACACUGCAUCAGGUUUGAUGACUGCGUUGUUGGAGGUGAGAAUUUCAUGCUGAAUGUAAUGGCAGUGGCUGAGCUCUUCAGACAACAACAUCCUGCUGACUUUGAAAUACUCACUAAAGUCCCUGCCACAUUCCAGAAAGUCCACUUUGCACGCAGUGAACCAGUCUUGAUGAAAUAUCAGCGACCUCACAUCAACCUCAAUCAUAGGGGCGAGAUUGUGAAUGUAAUCUGGUCACCACAGUUUGAGGGACCUCUCUUUGCUGAAUAUGAUGAUGUGCUGCCAUACUACCAGGCAUACCACAAGUUUUCCAAGGCAAUACAAAACAGCCAAAACUGUGUGAAACUGAGGCUAAAGCCAGGAGAAAUACUGACCUUUAACAACAGAACAAUUUUACACGCCAGAACAUCCUUUGAACUUAAUGGAGGGGAACGAAAAUUGCAGGGUUGUUAUCUCAACAUUGAUGAAUACAAAUCUAAGCUAGCAGUUCUUGCCCAUCUCCUAGAAGACAAUCAACCAGUGAAGCAUGUUGGUAAUCAGUGCUGGUUUUAGUUAAAGCUGAGGAUGAAUCCUGUACUUAAAUUGGAUGAUGGCAUGGGGCAAAUAAACCCUUUUGUUUAAAAAUGCCAGCAAUAUGUACUACUUUAAAAUUAUACAAAACUUAAACAUAAUGACUUAUACAUGUGUAUCUAAAUAAUAAGAUGUAAUAUUCAAGUUUAAGCUCACUUUACACAAAGUCAGAUGAUUCCACUGGGCAGUGUCCAUCUGAAUCCACAUACAUUGUAUAAACAUUUAAAGCUAAGGAAAUAGGAAUAAAUUUUGUGUAAAUAGUGGAUUUCUGACCCAAGGGGCCUAAGGGGUGGGGCCAAAAGUGGAAAUUUUAAAAUCUUACUCCUUCUGCAGGAAAGAUAGUAUUUUACCAAAUUUGGUCUGAAGAAUUCUUUAAUGAAAGGGAAUCAAUUUGUAUAAAUGGUAGGUCUUGGCCUCAUGGGCAAGAGGGGCUAGGUCACUCAGAGGAAAUAGAGCAAAUUACUUAAAGUCCUAUUCCUUCUGCAGUAAAAGAUUGGAUUUUGCGAAAAGUUUGGUCUGAAGCAUUCUUAGGUGAUGAGGAAUCAUUUUUCAGUUCAUCUGCCUUGGGCAGGAGGGGCAGGUUUUAAUAUGGGAAAUAAAGCAAAGCCUUUAAAAUCUUACUCCUCCUGUAGGAAUGAUUAUAUAUUGUCUAAAUUUGGUCUGAAGUAUCAUCGGGUGAACGAUUGAAAGGGAAUCAAUUGUGUAUUAAUGGUGGGUCUCAGGCUCACUAUGGCAUGAGGAAUGGGACCCAAUUGGGGGAAAUAGUGCAAAUUCUUUAAAAUCCUUCUCCUGUAGGAAAGAUAAGAUUUUGCACAAAUUUGGUUUGAAGCGUUCUUGUGUGACAAUUAAUCAUUUUUUAGUUCAAAACAGUGAAUCCCAUCUGUCUUGGACAGGGGAAGUACAGCAAAGUCUUUAAAAUCUUACCCCUCUUGUAGGAAUGAUUAGAUUUUGUCUAAAUUUGGUCUGAGGUAUCAUUGGGUGAAAGAUUGAAAGGGAAUCAAUUUUAUAUUAAUGGUGGGUCUCAGGUCCCUUAUGGCAUAAGGGGUCGGACCCAAUAGGGGAAAUAGAGCAAAUUCUUUAAAAAAAAUAGCCCAAAUUUGGUUUGAAGUAUUCUUGGUUGAAGGCAAAUCUUGAUUUGCAUAAACAGUGAGUCUUCGCCCCUGAGGCAGGAGGGAUGGGCACCAAUAUUGGAAAUCAUAAAGAAAAAUUAUUUAAAAUGCUACAUCUCCUGUUGAAGUUAUUUGGUCUGAAGUAUGAAUGGUUUUGCUGACAGAAAGUCGUGGCCCAGUAGGAAAAUAGAUAUGCUGUGUGCUUAGAUAUUUAUAGUUCCUUUUCCUUUAGUUUUUAUUUCAAAAGACUGAAAGCAGGUGUGUUUUGUUUGCAAGCUCACAUGAAAUUAUUUGGCAUAAAACAUUUUCUUAUUGCACUUAAGGUAUGUAGAAAAUGGAGAUACUUUUCACCAUGUAACAUGUACAAUGGAAGCCUCCAUUGCUACUCAGUAUCAUUAUGUGUGAACAUAGACUUUAUAAGCACUUUCUUUACACCAGGUAAAAUGCUAGAACAUUUCACUUUCAUUCCAAAAUAUUAUCUAACAAAGUUUUUAGUAGUUUUCUGUGUUAUCAAACAUUUCACAAGUGAUCACGCUGGUAUACAUCUUGUCACACUUAACUAGCACUACCAAACAGGUUACCAUCAACUUGCCAUGACCAUAGCCCAUUAAUAAACCAUGAAUGCCAACCCUCAAUUUGCCAUUAAAAUAUUAUUAAAAUAUUAUUAAGAUUUGA